AUGUUGAAGCAACGUCGCAGCUCACGUCAACCCCGCACCGACACUGGGUCUGAGGGAGAUGGCGAGCCUGAUGCUCCACCUGCCCCGAGAGAUGCAUUCCCUCUAUAUAGGCAUUAUCAGAGUGACCUUAACAAUUAUUAUGACACCGCCAAACAGGUACUGGACGACGAGCUCGACGAAAAGUUGACAUUGAAAAGGCACGUUCCAACCAUCAGUAGCGGUCAAACCUUUAGUGGCGCGUAUCCUGGGAUUGACCCCCGCGGCCGUGGCCGCACAAGGAUUCAAGCUCAGGUCCCUGAGAGUGAUGAUGAGGAUGAGUAUGAACGUUACCGACACGAACGGGAGCGUAAAUCUCACUACAGUACCAGAUCAGAAAAAGACCGAAGGAUAAGCCUACAAGCGCAAUCCCAUCAUGGAGUCCGUGGGCCCCGAAUCCAAUCGGGGACGUACAAUCCAAAUGGAGAAGAUGAAUACUAUGACAUUAAUCAUUUUGGGCGUCCCUUUAAUCGCACCGACAACCCGACUAGAACACCAUCGCCAUUGCGAUAUUACUCACCUCAUUCAUCCGUUCAGCCUGGAACUGUAGAUAUCUUUGGGGGAAGAUCUGGACUGGGGAUAGAAAAGGCAGAAUUGGCUUAUGACGUUAACACCCGUAAUCUUGGCCAACCCAACCCUCCUUCCAAGCCAAGCCAAACACCUCCAACAUACGGGGAUUACGCAUCACAUUCGCGUGUCUACGAGAAGGUUGUCGAGGCCUCCAUAAGACCUAUGAGUAUAGGCAUGUCAAACGAGAAGCUUGUCAAGUGGCGAGCGUGGAUACGGGCUGAUGCGCAAUUGGCCACCGAGAGCUUUACCCACGAGCAAGCUAAAGCUGAAUAUCGAGAAGGCCCCGGUGGUCGCCUACGUGAAAUGAGGUCUUUCAGUAACCUAUACAGCAAUGACACAAUAUCCAGGGAUAGCACGAUCGGCAAUGAGGCUCGGAUGGAUGAUCUUCUAGCUUGCGUGGGCAACAAAAUGAUGAAAGCUCCUUCCUUGAAAGAGCCUCGAGGUGAGGGUUUACGAGAUGGAGAAAGGCUUGGGGGACAUACCAGAAAUGAAUAUCAGGAGGUAGAAGAUGGAUAUCAAAGCAGGUCGAAUCGGAUAGAAAGUACCUCUGACAACGCCGCGAUGCAACAAUUUUCCCCUUCACCAAGCCCAUCAACUGACCCGUGGGAGUCUGACGAUGAGUAUGAGGACGACGAACGAACUUCAUCGCCCCGUCCAACCUGGACCGAUAUGAACCCCAGCAGAUCAUUGACGAUGGAUCUUCACGUUGAUUAUCGUAAUAUAUCUAAAUAA